AUGGAAAGUGAUAAUCCGGUGAACGCCAACGACAGUAAUAUUUACGGACCGGUAAGUCGAGGUCUGGUGAAGAAUCGAGCUAACCCAUAUCAUUUGGCCACCGAAUAG